CGUUUCCCAGCGUUUGUAGUGACGAUCCAGGCAAGCCUCGUUAGGUGGUUACAAGAUGGGCCUCUGCGUAGCCGAUGUCCUCGCCGCAGGCUCUGGCAUGCCUGGUAACCUGGCUUCUUACCAAACAGCUGGGCUGUCGAGGAGUUGGCUUUAUUUCUUCCAGGAUAAUGUCUAGGCUUCUAAUGUACUCCUAUCUCCAGGUCAUAAAACCUGGAUGCUCUGCUUGAUACCUUCGAUUUUUCUUGGUGUUUUAAACUCAUAACAUAUUUCUCUGGAGCUGAUGUUUUCCUAGCACCUUUCAGCUUGGCUUUAAAAGCUACUUUGCUGGAAUGUUUUAAACGGUUAAAAAUCCUCUAGGAUUUGAAGUUUAUUUAAAUUAAUUGAAGGAAAUACUUCUGGCCUCACCAAAGAAAUAACUGGAAUCAUGGAUCAGAACAACAGUUUGCCACCCUACGCUCAAGGCUUAGCCUCCCCUCAGGGUGCAAUGACUCCAGGAAUUCCCAUUUUUAGCCCAAUGAUGCCCUAUGGCACAGGACUGACACCACAGCCUGUCCAGAGCACCAACAGUCUGUCUAUAUUAGAGGAACAGCAGCGGCAGCAGCAGCAGCAACAAGCAGCGCAACAAUCUACGUCACAGCAAGCGACACAGGGAACAUCUGGUCAAACUCCCCAGCUCUUCCAUUCACAGACUCUUACCACAGCCCCUUUACCAGGAACCACACCUCUGUACCCCUCUCCAAUGACUCCGAUGACACCGAUAACUCCUGCAACACCAGCGUCAGAGAGUUCUGGGAUAGUGCCACAACUACAGAAUAUUGUGUCCACAGUGAAUCUUGGUUGCAAACUUGACCUAAAAACUAUUGCACUUCGUGCCCGAAAUGCUGAAUAUAAUCCCAAGCGUUUUGCUGCUGUUAUUAUGAGAAUAAGAGAACCACGUACUACUGCACUGAUAUUCAGCUCUGGAAAAAUGGUGUGCACAGGAGCAAAAAGUGAGGAGCAAUCCAGACUGGCAGCAAGGAAGUAUGCAAGAGUUGUUCAGAAACUGGGCUUUCCAGCAAAAUUUUUGGAUUUUAAAAUUCAGAACAUGGUGGGCAGCUGCGAUGUGAAAUUUCCCAUCAGACUGGAAGGAUUGGUACUCACACACCAGCAGUUCAGCAGCUACGAGCCAGAAUUGUUUCCUGGAUUAAUCUACAGAAUGAUCAAGCCAAGAAUUGUACUGCUUAUUUUUGUUUCUGGAAAAGUGGUUUUAACUGGUGCUAAAGUACGAGCAGAAAUCUAUGAAGCAUUUGAAAACAUCUAUCCUAUUUUAAAGGGAUUCAGAAAGACAACGUAAUAGUUUCUACAUGUUUCAGAGAAAUCAGGGGUCUAUUUUAAAAGGUAUUGUGUAUGGCACAGCAGUAACAAGAGACGGACUUCCAGUGCAACUGCAACACCAGGACUUGGACUAUUUCCCAGUUAGUGCCUACUUCCCUGAUGGUCAAGGGGAACUGUAUUCUUGAAUAUGUCUACUGAGUUACUGUGAGUUGCUUUACUGGGCUGUUCCUAGAGCAGUCCCUCCAAUUUUUAUUUAUAUCCUAGCUUUUAAAUAGUUUUAAUGCCAGUUCUAUUAAUAGGAAAUCUGUAAGUUGGUUUAAAGACAAAUGCAACUGUGUCACUCAGUGUAUAAACCACUUAAAUUGCCAUGUAUAUAUGUUUUAAGUUCCUUCCAUAAGACCAUGGUUUUAUAAUUUUCAGAACUUGAGCUUUUAAAUUUUUUCAACUUUAAAUUUCUUUGGUGCCAGUCACAUUUCCUCUUUCCAGUAUUAAGCAAGAUAGGAUAAAUUUAUUAAUGAAAAUGGCUCACUGUACAUAUAUAUAUAAUAUAUACCUUUCUUCUCUUUCCUUCUUCAACUCCACAUGUACAAUAAACCCUGUUUAUACAACUAUGGGAACUGUCUUAAUAAAUUUUAAAAUUACCCAG